AUGCUCAACGGAAAGUCGGCCGCUGGAGGAGCAGAGCUCCUUGCCCAGCGAUGGUUCGACAAUCACCACAUCCUCGUCGGUCGAGGGUAUUCCACCACAUGGUUCGACUCUCAAUGGGUGUGUGUCCGGCGCAGCAACGAGAAGCCUGUAUGGGUUCAAUGUGGUGACAGCUGGGAAAUAAUUCCACUUUUGACACAGGUUAAGCAGUCUCCUCAAGGCUCCAAGUUUUCCCUGAAGGCCUCUGUGAUCCAAAAUAUGUCCCCUGCAAAGAGGAUGGAUGGCAUUUUGGAAAACACAAAACACUUCAAGGCGCUGGUUUACCAAGGAGUGAAGCAUACAGAGGAUUACAUCUAUCGGGUUGUACCAGCCAGCAUGGAACUGCCCACCGCUAACAUAAAAGCCUCUGCCUCCUGGGAACAUUCAAGGACGAGAUCGAAUGAAGACGGCCACGGAAACAUCUCAAAGGACAAGUCUUGGUGGUCUGUUGAGCCGGCUCACAGAAAAGUAGACCAUGUCACAAAGCACUCGUCAAACGGGAUACCCCUGAAUACUCUCCCCUAUCUUUCUGUAUCCACGCACCAGCCUGCUGCAUCCUUUGUUUCCAAGCAUCCUGUUGUGCUACAGUCACUCAUCCCACGUCUUAGCGAGGCCGAGGACCUCUUUGUGAACGAUAUCCACGAUGAUAUUCUUGCCCUUACUAUCCACCCAUGGGAACCCACGGAGCCUCUUCACCCUUGCCUUUGCUCAUACUAUUUAAUGAGGAAACAUCUUCGUCUAAUACAUCUUGCCAGACUUGACCAAUCCCUUGAGCCAUCUCCAAGCCCGAGCUUGCAAUACUAA